UACAUAUUCACACAGCCUAAUCCUUACACUCAAAUACACUCAUAUUUACAGAGGCUUACAGCCUUUCCUGUGAAUGUAUCCACCACACCAAAGGAGAUGCAGUGAGGGCGUGCAAAGUGCUUCUUAUUCACAGAGCUGAAUGAUCUGCUUUUUAAUUGCUGCAUGGUGAACUCCUGCUUGGUAUUCCUUUUUAAGUCCAAACACGUAUAAUCGAGGAAUCGUCAUUUACCCGCCUAAGAGGUUCCAGGGACACCAGGAUUUAUACACGCUCCACUGCUUUAAAACACACAAUUUACAUGCUGAAUAAGGUUCGAAAACUUCACUCUGCUAGCUCUGGACAUGCCUAUUCUAAAGGAUGUGGAAGAUCCUAGAUUUCCUCCAGGGUAUCCUGACUCAUCUGAAUGAUGUAAGCACACAAGAAAAGUCUGGGAACCGUGUAACCAUGACAAGGAAGCUUCAGUACUAAACUGUGUCAACCACGUAUACUGCAUCUGGACAACCCAACCCUUCCCAACCCUUCCCGACCCAACCCAAACCAGCUCAGACGAGCCCAGUUUAGCCAGGGGGUUCCUUCCUUCCACUAUACAUGGAGGUAAAAGGCGUGGAGAGAGCAUGAUCGAUCGUCCUCGAUCCUGGCUUAUGAAACAAAAUGAGGGAUUUUCCCUCCCAACCUCUUCCCUGAGGUCAACCCUCCACGACGCCACCCUGAUAAGUCCGACUUAGCGGGCCACUCGAGUUUCAAUGCUCCACGUCGUUCUAAGAUGAAGUUAUGGAAAAAGGCCAUUUUCGCCUUUGUACUCCUUGGUGCUGCUAUUUCUCUCCUGCUCUUCAUAACAAUACCCGCUGGGUCCGUCAUCCCCUGGGCCUCAGUUGUGACUUUACAGUUGUGCCCUUCGACAACGGCACCAUUACCACCACAAUCACCAUCAUUAUCAUCAUCAACUUCACCCAAGGUCACCGGUCGGCGGCGGGUGGCUAGAGCAUCUGAGGACAUGGGAUCUCUCUUAUCUGAGUUUUCUUAUCUGUUUCAGAGCUUCACUGAGGGUGAGCUGCAGAAAGUCAUCAGGUCACUGGUGGACAGGAAAGUUGGGAGACGGACCAAGCGGGCAAAAAGUGUAGAGGCGUGCUCAUUGCACCAGGUGGUGCUAACUGUGAGCGAGCUGGGCCUGGGCUAUGAAAGCGACGAGACAGUCCGCUUUCGUUACUGCAGAGGGAAGUGCACCAGACGCCUCGGCAACUAUGACAUGGUGCUGAAAAACUUGCUAAACAAGAUGUCUGAGAAAGACAUAACCACUAAGGGGGGCACUACUAAAACAGAAAGGGCGCCCUACAUCCGCUGCUGCCGGCCCACCAAAUACGAGAACAUGUCAUUUUUUGACAAUAAGGCAAAGUUCUUCACCAUUCAGGACGUGUCAGCCAGAAAGUGCGGCUGUGUGUGAGACACUGCAGGGUUCACGGAGAUGAUUCUAGCAAAUGAGGCCACUAGUGUCAUGAGAUUAUCUAAGCAAUCAGAUGUGCAUACGGAUGGGAGGAAUUAGAUCAAAUUAGGUGGAAGUGAAAGAAGAAGCAUGUCCAUGAAAACCUGCUUGGACAAUCCAUACUGGAUCCAUGCAUUUCAAAUCAAAGCCACAGGCUAGAAGGAUGUUUUUACCCUCUGGCAGUGCAGAAGAUAUGAAGACGGACGUUUUGCCUUUAUGCUUUUAAGGGGUUCUGCAGCAUCUGAAGAGGUUUUGAUGGUUUAACGAGUCAACACCAUGUGGAGUAGCAACCUUCUGUGCUAUGAAACAAAACUUAGCCUUUUACUAAAAACAUAAAAAUGGACUAAAGCAGUAUAGAAAGAUGGUGUUUUGUUUGUUUUUGAUAACAAAUACUAUCUGUAUAUUCAAGUAUGAAGUUAUCCACAACUACCUCAAUUGUAUUAAGUUACAAAAAUAUGCAUCACACCAGCUCCAUCGUGGUUAACUAUUUCAUGAUAGCAACAUUAAAAAAUACAGUCGUCUCAGGUCAAAUACUGUAAAUAACCACAUGCACUGUUACUUGAAGUGAAAACCCAGCAACUCAGACCCUCAUUUCAUUUAUACUCCUAUCAAGAGUUCCAAUUUCUUCAUGUCAUCCCAAAUCCAAAGAUGUUUUAAAGACAUAUCCGAAUUUCACGUAGUAAUGGGUCAUGAACACUGUGAUAUCUGAGACAUUUCUGGUAACGUUACCUAUAUGAUCUGUCUUAAUUAUUCUGACAUUCUGACUAUCAGUCAAAUGUGCUGCUUUUUAUGGACUUCUGAUACCUGAAAGUGUGUGGCUUACAUCUUAUAAGGUUAAAUCUGCUUAUGAUUCUUAAACAUUACACUCUAGUACAUCCAAGAAUUUCUAAGUGAGACUAGUGUCUGUUCGGGUCUCUCAACGCUUUUCACCCACUGUACACAGAAUUUACAUUUACUCCUUUAUGA